GGAACCCCUGGAGAGCCAUUCCUCUUUUUCUUUUUUCGUUUUGCAUUUUAUUUCUAUUCCCUUCUCUCUCGGAUCUCGCCUUCUCUGCUUCUUCUCCGUGGCAAUGGCGACCAUGGAGAGCCUGAUCGGCCUCGUGAACCGGAUCCAGAGGGCGUGCACCGUCUUGGGCGAUCAUGGCGGCGAGGGCUCCCUGUGGGAAGCUCUCCCCUCCGUCGCCGUCGUCGGCGGCCAGAGCUCAGGGAAGUCGUCCGUGCUGGAGAGCAUCGUGGGGAGGGACUUCUUGCCUCGUGGAUCUGGUAUCGUGACCCGGAGGCCGUUGGUGUUGCAACUUCACAAGAUGGAGAGUGGGUCGGAGUACGCGGAGUUCCUUCAUGCCCCUAGGAGGAAGUAUACCGACUUUGCUGGUGUUAGAAAGGAGAUUGCUGAUGAAACUGAUCGGAUAACUGGAAAAUCAAAACAAAUAUCCAAUGUUCCAAUCCAUCUGAGCAUUUACUCGCCACAUGUGGUUAACUUAACACUCAUAGAUCUUCCUGGGUUGACAAAGGUUGCAGUAGAGGGACAGCCUGAAUCAAUAGUCACAGAUAUUGAAGAUAUGGUGCGGUCUUAUGUUGAAAAGCCCAAUUGUAUCAUACUGGCCAUAUCUCCUGCGAAUCAAGACAUUGCCACCUCAGAUGCCAUCAAGCUUGCAAGGGAAGUAGAUCCUUCAGGUGAGCGAACUUUUGGUGUCGUGACAAAGCUUGAUCUUAUGGACAAGGGUACCAACGCUUUAGAUGUGCUUGAAGGAAGAUCGUAUCGGUUACAACAUCCUUGGGUAGGAAUUGUUAAUCGGUCACAAGCUGAUAUUAACAAGAAUGUAGAUAUGAUUGCAGCACGACGCAAAGAACAAGAAUAUUUUGCAAAUAGCCCUGAUUAUGGACAUCUGGCACAUAAAAUGGGUUCGGAGUAUCUCGCAAAACUAUUAUCCAAGCAUCUGGAGAGUGCAAUCAGAGCACGAAUACCAAGUAUAGUAGCUUUAAUUAAUAAAACAAUUGAUGAGCUUGAGGCUGAGUUGGACCGUCUUGGCAGACCUAUUGGAGCUGAUGGAGGGGCGCAGCUUUACACAAUAUUGGAGAUGUGUCGUGCAUUUGAUCGAAUUUUUAAAGAGCACUUGGAUGGAGGACGACCUGGUGGAGAUAGGAUCUAUGGGGUUUUCGACAACCAACUACCUGCAGCUCUGAAGAAGCUCCCAUUUGAUAGACAUCUUUCUUUACAUAAUGUUCGAAAGGUUAUUUCUGAAGCAGAUGGUUACCAGCCUCAUCUGAUUGCGCCCGAGCAAGGAUAUAGAAGGCUUAUAGAUAGCUCUCUAGGCUAUUUCAAGGGUCCGGCAGAAGCAUCCGUGGAUGCUGUGCACUUUGUUUUGAAAGAACUUGUUCGGAAAUCUAUUGGUGAAACAGAGGAACUGAAGCGCUUCCCAACUCUUCAGAGUGAUAUAGCAGCUGCAGCAAAUGAAGCUUUGGAAAGGUUCCGGGAUGACAGCCGGAAAACAGUUCUUCGUCUAGUAGAAAUGGAGUCAGCCUACCUCACAGUGGACUUCUUCAGAAAACUCUCUCAUGAACCUGAUAAAGGUUCAAAUCCUGGUUCAACUCCCAAUACUCCAGCACCCGACAGAUAUGGUGAUCACCACCUGAGGAAAAUUGGUUCCAAUGUGUCAUCUUAUGUUGGCAUGGUAUGCGACACACUGAAGAAUACUAUACCAAAGGCUGUCGUUCAUUGUCAAGUCCGCGAAGCAAAGAAGUCGCUGCUUAAUUAUUUUUAUGCGCAAGUUGGGGGGAGGGAGAAGAAGCAGCUUAGUGCUAUGUUGGACGAGGACCCAACUCUCAUGGAGAAGAGAAAUGCCAUAGCUAAGAGACUGGAGCUCUACAAACAUGCAAGAGAUGAGAUUGAUUCUGUUGGCUGGAAAUGAUAGUCUAAACAGACUGGAUAUGAGAUCUGCAUAUUACAACAAUUAUAAUGGCUACCAAAGGAAAGGUUCCAUUUCGACACUUGACGUUUUCAUACUUGAAGCAAAAUGCCUUCAAACAUCAUGAAGAGCAUCAGUCUAUUGAUUGAUCAUUUUAUCUCUUUUAUUCUUUGUAACACUUGAACUGUAACUACAAUUGCGAUUGAUCUUCAACAUGAAGAGUCUGUCUACGGUUAGAUAUUUGGUUCUCAUUGGUGAUUUCUACACAGCAUACUCUUCAUGUUGUUAGCUACAGUUACAUUGUUUUUCCUAUUGGAAUUCUAUGCAUAAGGUGUUCACACAAAAA